UCCGUGGUUGUCUGUAGUUUGUUGUAAUGUUGAAGAAAUGAGAUGACCCUAUGUCCACACUUUGUCUGCGGAAUUGCCAACGGUUGAUCAAGUGCACAAUAUGCUUGACCUUUGGUGCGGCUAAAAAAUGCAGGGAUUCAACCAUGCAGAUCAACGGGCAAGGCAGAUUGCAAGGCAUUGUAACAGCCUGCGCAAGGAAUAGGAAGGUCUUGCUGGUCAUUGUCUUACUGUUAAUAGUGGUGCUGUAUAUGUGGCCUUCCUGGCUGACGGCAAGGAUAAGACCACGCUAUAAGGUUCAUCCACUGGACAAGUGUAUUAAUGAGAAACUGGAUAACUUUCAGUCAGCAGCUUUAGAGUUUGAUGCCAUUCAAUAUCACUCCCCUCUUCAAGAAGGUGAAAACUUUUAUCCAGCAUAUAUAGGUAAUGGCAAAUUUGGUUUGUCAGUGAACAGCGAGAAUGGAAUUUAUUUACUACUUAAUAGAUCACACACUUUACCAGUGCAGUUUUUCCCCAUUGUGGAUGUAAAUAUUGAGGGUCAUGAGAAAAAAGAGGCAUAUGUGAUAGACUUGAAGUCAGGACUGGUGCAGAGAAUACAAUGCUUCAGAAAGGCACCCUCAGCCUGUGUGUCCAUAGUCACUCAGGUUUAUGCUCACAGGAGGCGUCCCUCUAUCCUUGUCCAGGAGUUAAGGAUACAAAACCCAAGUCCAGAGAGCACCACAGUUGUGGAUCUUCACCAGAUAGGUGCCUCGGACUGGAAGGGAGUCUUGACACAAAUAACGCCAGUCAAAACCAACCAAGCAGGUAAGACCAUGGAGUACCUGGUGUCUGCAGGGAAGGUCCCCAUUGCAGGAUCUGCCUCAGAGUUUGUGAUGCUGGGGACAGCGUCCAGCAGGCUGCCAGAGACAAUUCCAAUCAAGGAAGACAGCACAGUGAAGUACCGCGUGGUGACGGCAGUGGAGUACUCUAGCUCUACCAGUCAGACUGGAAACUCUGGACUGAGGAAACAAAUGGCACAGCAGGCAGCUGAUUCACUUACAUCAGCAUUGAACAUUGAUGGAAAGAAGCUGAGAGUAGAACACACCCGCAUCUGGAACCAGAUGUGGCAGUCUGGGUUCAGCAUCAGUUAUUCUAUGGCCCCAGGGAUGUUAAAUGGACCCCAGAUCAACACUACCAUGUACUAUGUACUCAGCAAUGUACCUGCCUCUAUCCACGAGACUGGCAUGACAGCAUUCUCCAAACUAGAGCUGGAUAACUUACUGCACUUCCCAGACAAGUGCUACACUGGCCAUAAUACAAUCCAGCUACCAGGGUCCUCACUGUGGGCUAGGUGUAAUAAUGAACUAGAUGUGUCUAGAUUGGCCAGUUCUUGGCUUAUUACACUGGAGAAACAGGGCUGUGGCUCUAUGGUCAAAGCUGGCACAGAUGGAGUUCUCCAAGCCAUGAUCUUGAGCUUUGGUGCUUUAAAAUUCAGCAAUGAUCACCUGGAGUUUGGCAUGAUGCCCAAGGAUCUCCAUAGAGACUACUAUUUCCGUAGAAUCAACUAUGGCAAUAACACCCAUGUCAACAUAUCUGUGAUAGUAGGGGAUGAUAACAAGGCUGUUCUGUUUGCCUCCCUGGACAGGAAUGACAAGGUCUACUUUGCCUGUGAUGCAGGAUGCCUGGACCCACCUGUUCAACUUGGCAAAGAGCUAACCAAAUUUCCAGUGAAGCAGACGGAGCCAUUUACCGCCAUCUUGUACAUCACGGCAGACAGGCAGCAUAUGGACGACCUCAAACAUGUGAUACAUGUGAAAGAGAUCGGGGAAGCUCCAGCACAUGAACACCAUGUCAUGGCUCUUCACCGUCAUGGUCAUGCUUUUGGUGGGCUGCCUACUUUCUUCUGGAUGUCCAUUGCCUUCCUCAUCUUCACCUUCCACCUGUUUUUAUUCAAGAUGGUGAUUAAUGAAUACUGCCAAGGAGGCAGGUCAGCUGCAGGGAGGAAUAGAGGCUAUAACAUGUGAUCAGAAUAGGGGCUAUAACAUGUGACCAGAAUGGAGGCUGUAACAUGUGACCAGAAUGGAGGCUAUAAUAUGUGAUCAGAAUUGAGGCCAUAACAUGUGACCAGAAUGGAGGCUGUAACAUGUGACCAGAAUGGAGGCUAUAACAUGUGACCAGAAUAGAGGCUAUAAUAUGUGACCAGAAUCGAGACUAUAACAUGUGAACUUUUGAUUAUCUCUGACGUACAAGUUAAUUAAAAAACUCCUUGUGGCCUUCUUUGCCAUGGCCACAUUUUAUGUGAUUGGAUCUCUUUAUUUUUUUUUUCUAUUAAAUGUUGCUUCAGAUACUUAUUUGUUUUCAGUUCAUAUGAAAUUAUUCAAAGUAUUACAAUCACACAUGAAUUCAA